AUGUAUGCCACGGGUGAAAUCGACGAGAAUAAUAAGGUUGUCGCUUACGAAUCCUUCAGUACGCCCUCUAUAGGACACUGCAAUACGAUGGGAACUGCUUCUACUAUAAAUACCCUAGCGGAGGCCCUCGGUAUGGCCUUUCUAGGAUCCGCAGCAAUCCCUGCUACGUAUCGCUAUAGAGCGUAA